AUGGCGGCCCAGGGAGCAGCUACAGCGGUUGCGGCGGCGACUUCAGGGGUCGCGGGGGAGGGCGAGCCCGGGACCGGGGAGAAUGCGGCGGUUGAAGGGGCCGCCCCAUCCCCGGGUCGCAUCUCCCCGCCGAACCCGGCGCGCGGCGAGCCGGAAGUCACCGUGGAGAUCGGAGAGACUUACCUGUGCCGGCGUCCGGAUAGCACCUGGCAUUCUGCUGAAGUGAUCCAGUCUCGAGUGAAUGAUCAGGAGGGCCGAGAGGAAUUCUAUGUACACUAUGUGGGCUUUAAUCGGCGACUAGACGAGUGGGUAGACAAGAACCGGCUGGCGCUGACCAAGACAGUGAAGGAUGCCGUGCAGAAGAACUCAGAGAAGUACUUGAGCGAGCUGGCUGAGCAACCUGAGCGCAAGAUCACUCGAAACCAAAAGCGCAAGCAUGAUGAGAUCAACCAUGUGCAGAAGACCUACGCAGAGAUGGACCCCACAACAGCAGCCUUGGAGAAGGAACAUGAGGCGAUCACCAAGGUGAAGUAUGUGGACAAGAUCCACAUCGGGAACUACGAGAUCGAUGCCUGGUACUUUUCACCGUUCCCUGAAGACUAUGGGAAACAGCCCAAGCUCUGGCUCUGCGAGUACUGUCUCAAGUACAUGAAAUAUGAGAAGAGCUACCGCUUCCACCUGGGCCAGUGUCAGUGGCGGCAGCCCCCGGGAAAGGAGAUCUACCGCAAGAGCAACAUCUCUGUGUACGAGGUGGAUGGCAAAGACCACAAGAUUUACUGUCAGAACCUGUGUCUGCUGGCCAAGCUUUUCCUGGACCACAAGACAUUGUACUUCGACGUGGAGCCCUUCGUUUUUUACAUCUUGACCGAGGUGGACAGGCAGGGGGCCCACAUCGUCGGCUACUUCUCUAAGGAGAAGGAGUCGCCCGAUGGAAACAAUGUGGCCUGCAUCCUGACCCUGCCGCCCUACCAGCGCCGUGGCUACGGGAAGUUCCUCAUUGCUUUCAGUUAUGAGCUAUCCAAGCUAGAGAGCACAGUAGGCUCCCCUGAGAAGCCACUGUCUGACCUGGGCAAGCUCAGCUACCGCAGCUACUGGUCUUGGGUCCUGCUGGAGAUUCUUCGAGACUUCCGUGGCACGCUGUCCAUCAAGGACCUUAGACCCCACAAGGGAACUCUCCCAGCAUCUGCUCCAAUCCCUUUCUGCAGCCAGAUGACCAGCAUCACCCAGAAUGACAUCAUCAGCACCCUACAGUCCCUCAACAUGGUCAAGUACUGGAAAGGCCAGCAUGUCAUCUGUGUCACACCCAAGCUGGUAGAGGAACAUCUCAAAAGUGCUCAGUAUAAGAAACCACCCAUAACAGUGGACUCUGUCUGCCUUAAGUGGGCACCCCCAAAGCACAAGCAAGUCAAACUCUCCAAGAAGUGAGUGACCUGCGCCCCUGCUGCCGGACCCAUGCCUCCUUGCCCCCCAACCUGUAAAUAUGUACAGCCUC